AUGGGAAACAUUUGUGUGGCUAAAUCAACAGCUGAAAUAUUUGAAAAUGAAUUCUAAGCUAAUAGUAGACUCAUGAGACCAUAUAACAUUGACUCUGAAGAGGAAACAAAAGAUGAAUAUGUAGUACUUGAACACAUUAGACCUGGUCAUGAGUUGCAACAUAGAUAAUCAUCUGCUACAAAUUACAAUAUUCAUUCAUCCUCAACUACAUCAGCAGAUAAUUAAAAGCAGAAAGAACUAUAAGAGGCAGAGAGAAGAAAAAAAAUUGAAGUAGAACGUCUGCAUGAUGAGAAAAUGAGAUUAUUGGAAGAUGAGCAAAGAAAGCAAAGAGAGGCUGACGAAUAGAAGAGAAAGGAGCAAGACAAGGAGCGCAAGAGAUAACUUAAGGAAGAAGCAGCUAGACUUGAGAGACUUCAAGAGGAGGAGAGAUAAAGAAAAGCUGACCUAGAGUUAUAAAGACAAUAAGAAGCUGAGGAGCAAGAGGAGAGAAGAAGAUUAGAAGAAGAAGAGGAAGAAAGAUAAAGAUAGCAAUAAGAAGAAUUAGACAAUGCAGGUUCAGAGCCAGAAGACGAUACAAAUGAGGACACUGAUGCUAAUAAUAGAGCUUCUAUGCCAUACAUCAAGGAAACACAAGACCCAAGCAAACUAAAGCACGUAGAUGAAGAUGACUAAUGA